UUCCUCAGUUUCACUUCGGGCUGAUUUUAACGCGACACGGCCGAUUCUCGUCGUCAUUCAUCGCUAGGUUGUCCAAAACAGAGGCUACGGUGUGCAGCAGUGUUUUGAAAGGUCCUCGCCAUGGAGCUGGCUCACAGUCUGCUGCUCAACGAAGAAGCCUUGGCCCAGAUCACUGAAGCAAAGAGGCCUGUCUUCAUCUUCGAAUGGCUCCGCUUCUUGGAUAAAGUGCUCGUGACAGCAAAUAGGGUGGAUGUGAAGGAGAAGCAGAAGAAACUGGUGGAACAGCUGACAGGACUGAUCAGCAGCGCCCCUGGACCACCAACAAGAAAACUGCUGGCCAAAAACCUGGCCACGCUUUACAGCAUCGGCGACACCUUCACUGUUUUCCAGACUCUGGAUAAAUGCAAUGAGAUUAUCAAAAGCAAGGAUGACACACCUGCGUACUUGCCAACAAAACUUGCUGCAGUGGCAUGCGUUGGAGCUUUUUAUGACAAGAUGGGCAGGAUGCUCGGAAGCUCAUUUCCCGACACCAUUAAUAAUAUGUUGAAGGCAUUAAAGAGUGCAGAGUCCCAAGGCCGAGGAGAGAUCCUUCUCAGCCUGCAGAAGGUGCUCUGUGGUCUGGGAGGAGCUGCAGCUUCAUGUCACAGAGAUAUCUACAAGAACGCCCGCUCUCUGCUCACAGACAGGUCCAUGGCCGUGCGCUGUGCAGUUGCAAAGUGCCUGUUGGAGCUGCAGAACGAGGCAGUAUUCAUGUGGACCACAGAACUGGAGAACGUGGCCACUUUGUGUUACAAAGCAUUGGAAGGAUCCAACUAUGGUGUACGGGUAGAAGUGGCCAAACUGCUGGGGACAGUCAUGGCCACCGCCCUGUUGCCCAAACAUGCAUCAGUGAUGCGCCAGAACGUGAAGCGGGCCACUCUGGAGGAAGUGCUGGAGCUCAUGGCCACGGGCUUUCUACGUGGUGGAUCGGGCUUCCUGAAGAGCGGAGGGGAGAUGUUGAAGGGGGGAGGCUCUGUGAGCAGGGAGGUGCGGGUGGGCAUCACACAGGCCUACGUCGUGUUUGUGACUACACUGGGUGGUCAGUGGCUGGAGCGCAACUUCGCCACGUUCCUGUCCCACGUGUUGGACCUAGUGUCCCACCCACGGGCCACGCAGACACACGUUGAGGCUGUGUACUCACGCCGCUGUGUUUCCUUCAUGCUGCGCGCCACCCUGGGGGGGUUACUCGGAGAGAAAGCACAAAUUGCAGCCGGCAAAGAAAUCUGCCAAGCCAUCAGCAAGCAAAUGAGGGCUGUGGGUAAGGAGGAUGGGGGGGAAAUAUCACGGUUCAGAGCAUUACAGAAGGCGGUUGUGAAUGACAUCAGUGGAGAGAACAAGGCCGGGGCAGCUGACGUCUCUGCCAGUCAGCAUGUCAUGGUGUGUGCCCUCAAAGAGCUGGGCAGCCUGGUGCAGAGCCUGAGUGCCACGGCUUCCCCGCUCAUACAGGAACCUUCUAUAGGACUCCUUGAAACCGUCACCUCAGUGCUGCUGCACCCAAGCAUGGCGGCUCGUUUGGCCGCUGCCUGGUGUUUGCGCUGUGUUGCCGUGGCGCUGCCGUAUCAGCUGACCCCGCUGCUGGACCGCUGUGCGGAGAGAAUCAACAGCCUGAAGAGUUCCCCGGAGGCUGUGAGCGGAUACAGCUUUGCGAUGGCUGCUCUGCUGGGAGGCGUGCACCAGUGUCCGCUCGGUAUCCCCCACUCUAAGGGCAAGUUGGUGGUGAGUAUAGCUGAAGACCUCCUGAGGACAGCUGCUCAGAACAGUCGUCUGUCCCUGCAGCGCACACAGGCAGGAUGGCUGCUGCUGGGGGCCCUCAUGACUCUCGGUCCCUCCCUCGUGCGCUAUCACCUUCCCAAGAUGCUGCUGCUGUGGAGGAACGUGUUUCCUCGCUCGCAGAAGGAGCUGGAAGCAGAAAAGGCCAGAGGAGACGCCUUCACCUGGCAGGUCACCCUGGAGGGCCGAGCUGGAGCACUGUGUGCCAUGCGGAGCUUUGUGGCCCACUGUCCCGAGCUGCUGACAGAAGAUGUGAUCCGUAGACUGAUGACUCCCAUUGAAUGUGCCAUGACCAUGAUGUCUCAUGUCCCUGCCAUCAUUAAGGUCCAUGGUGCUCACCUGAAAGCAAGCGCAGCGAUGGUGAGGCUCCGCUUGUACGACAUCCUGGCUCUAUUGCCCCCCAAGACCUAUGAAGGCAGCUUCAACGCCCUGCUGAGGGAGCUGGUGGCAGAGUUCACUUUGACUGACAACUCGGCCAACACAACCACCUCCCUGCUUCGCUCUCUCUGUCACUAUGACGACAGUGUGCUCAUGGGUUCCUGGCUACAGGAGACGGACCACAAGUGCAUAGAGGAUCAGCUGCAGCCCAACAGUGCGUCUGGCAGUGGAGCUCUGGAGCACGACCCCUCCUCGAUCUACCUGCGUGUUCCUGUAGGCGAGGCCAUCCCGGGCCCUCUCCCUUUGGGUGUGUCCGUCAUCGAUGCCUCAGUGGCUCUUUUCGGUGUUGUUUUUCCCCACGUCUCCUUCAAACACAGGCUGCAGAUGCUGGACCACUUUGCAGAGUGCAUAAAGCAGGCUAAAGGAGUUCGACAGCAGGCAGUCCAACUAAACAUCUUUACUGCAGUGCUUAGUGCCCUUAAGGGUUUGGCUGAGAACAAGAGUACUCUGGGUCCUGAGGAGGUGCGUAAGUCGGCCCUGGCUCUGGUGAUGGGAGCGUUGGACAAUCCCAACCCCAUCCUGCGCUGUGCUGCUGGAGAGGCCCUGGGCAGGAUGGCUCAGGUGGUGGGAGAGGCAACCUUCAUCGCCAGAAUGGCACAGACCAGCUUUGAUAAACUGAAGUCUGCCCGUGAUGUAGUAUCAAGGACGGGCCAUUCACUGGCUCUUGGCUGUCUGCAUCGAUAUGUUGGAGGAAUUGGCUCAGGCCAGCACUUAAAGACCAGUGUCAGCAUCCUAUUGGCUCUGGCCCAGGAUGGGUCCUCUCAUGAGGUCCAGACAUGGGCUCUGCACUCUCUGGCUCUGAUUGUGGAUUCUAGUGGCCCCAUGUAUAGAGGCUACGUGGAGCCCACGCUGUCCCUGGUGCUCACCCUGCUCCUCACUGUGCCCCCGUCCCACAUAGAGGUGCACCAGUGUUUGGGCCGCUGCCUGGGAGCGCUCAUCACCACUGUGGGACCAGAAUUACAGGGAAAUGGAGCCACUAUCUCCACCAUCCGCUCGUCCUGCCUGGUUGGUUGUGCCAUAAUGCAGGACCACUCGGACUCCCUGGUGCAGGCAGCAGCCAUCUCCUGUUUGCAGCAGCUGCACAUGUUUGCUCCACGCCAUGUCAACCUGUCCAGCCUGGUGCCUUGUCUCUGUGUGCACCUGUGCAGCCCUCACCUGUUGCUGCGCCGCGCUGCCGUGGCCUGUCUGAGGCAGCUCGCUCAGAGAGAGGCUGCAGAGGUCUGCGAGUAUGCCAUGAGCCUGGCCAAGAGAGGGGGAGACAACAAUACAAUCCAUCUGAACAUUACGGAGACCGGUCUGGAGGGCGUUCUGUUUGGCAUGCUGGAUCGGGAGACGGACAGGAAGCUGUGUUCUGAUAUCCAUGAUACACUGGGCCACAUGCUGUCGUCUCUCGCUGUAGAGAAGCUUUCUCAUUGGCUGAAACUCUGCAAAGAUGUCCUUGCAGCAACUACAGGUAAAGACGUAGGAGCACCUGUUGUUUUCGAGGUUGAAAAGGAUGAGGAGGACUCCGAGAAAAAGGACGAGAUGGACGAUGACAGCAUGUUCACAGGCCUGGGCGAAGAUGACAAGUCCAAGCCCUCUGUGGCGCCCCGCUGGGUGACGCGGGUAUUUGCCGCGGACUGCCUGUGUCGCAUCAUCCUGCUGUGUGAGAAUGACAAAGCGCACUUUGACCUGGCUGCUGCCCGCUCUGCACAAGCCAAGAACCCCAAAGGAGAUCAGUUAGUGCUCCAUUUGUCAGACCUCAUCCGCAUGGCCUUCAUGGCGGCCACAGACCACAGCAACCAGCUGAGGAUGGCCGGCCUGCAGGCCCUGGAGGACAUCAUUAAAAAGUUUGCCUCUGUACCAGAGCCCGAGUUCCCAGGCCAUGUUAUCCUGGAACAAUACCAGGCCAAUGUCGGAGCUGCCCUAAGACCUGCCUUUUCCCCUGAUACUCCGUCUGACAUAACAGCUAAGGCAUGCCAGGUGUGUAGCACGUGGAUUGGCAGUGGCGUGGUCAGUGACCUCAAUGACCUGCGACGGGUCCACAACCUGCUGGUGUCAUCGCUGGACAAGGUGCAGGCUGGGAAAGGCUCAUCCAGUCAGCUGUACAGUGAGAGUGCCACCACCAUGGAGAAACUGGCCGUGCUUAAGGCUUGGGCUGAGGUGUAUGUGGUGGCGAUGAACAUCAAGAAAGAUGCAGAGUCUAAGCCUGCCAAGCCAGUCCAAAGUGGAGAGGAUGACGACGAUGAGGAUGAUAUGGGUGCAGACGUGCUUCCUCCCGACAGCCUCAUCACUCUGGUGCAGCCCGAGCUGCCGUCGCUCAGCCGCCUGUGGCUGGCCAUGCUGCGAGACUACGCUCUGCUCACCCUGCCUGCGGAGUUCUCCAGUCAGCUGCCCCCUGACGGCGGAGCGUUUUACACACCAGAGACUAUAGACACAGCAAGGCUCCACUAUCGCAGUUCGUGGGCCCCCGUCCUGCAUGCCGUGGCCCUUUGGCUGAGCAGCACCGAGUUCGGGGCUGCUGAAGAGAAAGAAGACGUCCCCUCAGCUCUCUCCAAGGCUCCGGCCAUCUCUCAAGCAGCCUCCUCCACCACAAAGAGCUUUGAGGAGUCGGUCAAAGACAGGAUGCAUCUGAUGUUGGGUGUCAGUAUAGAGUUUCUUUGCUUCCCCCGGCCCGAGGAGCCCAUUCACAAUGUGAUGUCCUGCCUGCACGCCCUGUUCACUCUGCUAGCAUCUCCAUGUGCUAAGAUCCAUAUCGCAGAGGACCAGCUGUUGGCAGUGGAGCUCCUGAACGUGCUCCACAGGCUGCUGUUGACUCGGGAUCCUCCUGCAGUACAACUCCAGGUCACUGCUGUCGUACAGGAGACCAUCAGGGCCGCACAGGACCAUCUGCAGCGACAGAAGGCUGGCAAGGGCAAAGAGGAAGAAGGCGAGAAAGACUCUCAGCCCAGCCUCGGGGAAGGAGCAGACACGGGGGAGCUCGUCCCGGGCAAGUCUCUGGUGUUCGCAGCCAUGGAGCUGCUCGUCUUCAUCCUGGUUCGCCACUUGCCGCAGCUUAAUGCACGUGUGAAGGAAUCACCCAGCCACGUGCCACUCAGGCCUCAGCGGCUCCCUGAGGAAAGCGCCCGUCUGGUAGCAAACACAGUUUCCAUCCUGGCAGAACUGCCCUCGCUCUGCUCUCCUGCCGGGAGCAUGACCAUCCUCCCCACGGUGCUCUUCCUAAUCACGGGGGUGCUGAGGGAAACGGCACUUAAGACCGCUGAUAACUCUGUGCCUGUGACUGUGACAGCGGCCCUGCAGGGCAUCAAGACCAUCAUCACCUCCCCUCUGGCCCGGGUGGAGGGCAUGCAGACACAGUGGAGCGGCCUGGUGAGGAGCGGCCUGGCGUCUGUCCUAGAGAACUCACAGCCAGAGGAGUCCAGGCCUGACAUGGAUGAGGUGAGCAUGUUAACAGCGAUCACACUCUUCCUGCUGUCUGCCAGCAAUGAACUUGUAGGAGUAAUCGUCCUGCAGAAGGGCUGCAUGGACCGCUUCCGAAACGCCCUCAACUCUAGUGAUCCCUGGGUUCAGGCACGGUGUUACCAGCUGCUGUUGUCAGUGUUUCAGCACUCUAGCCGUGCCCUGUCUACGCCGUACAUCCACGCUCUGGCCCCGCUCAUGGUGGAAAAGCUGAAGGCGGUGGAGCGCAGUCGCCCGGGGACUGCUGCCGAGCUGCAGGCGGUGCAGGAGGGCAUCAGGGUGCUGGAGAAUCUCGUCGGCAUGGGGGAAGAGCAAAACCGGGUGCAGUUGCUGGCUCUUCUUGUGCCAACCCUCAUCUCCUACCUUUUGGAUGAACAUGCCAUUUCCUCAGCGCCUCAAGUUUCCAGAGGCCUGCAUGAAUUUGCCCUUCAGAACUUAAUGCGGAUUGGCCCCCUCUAUCCCGCUGCCUUCAAGACAGUAAUUGGUGCCGCACCUGAGCUUAAAAUCCGUUUGGAAUCGGCUAUACUGGCCAACCAGGCCAGCAGCAGAGCCAAAGCUGCAGCCAGGCUAGCUCAGCCCCAAGUGCAGGCUGCCCCCACCAUCAAACUCAAGACCAACUUCUUCUGAACCCCAUUUAAAAUGCUCUGUACACUCUCACAGCCUAAAUUGAUGUUGUCUUUUGUAGGUCUGUUUUGUUUUCUGUCAACGGAGUAUACACUGCAGUUUCCUAAGUGUAUUUAUUGAUUCAUCAUCUCAUUUGGAUUUGAUGUUUGAGAACUGUUCUUAAAGGUAUGAAGGAAAGUGUGUAAAUAUCAUUAAUAAGCAUUUGAAUGUUGACUUAAAAAAAAAAUCACUUUAAAAUCUGCAGGAAAGGUUGAUUGUCUGAAUGUAUCAUUACUGCACAUUUAUGAAGGGACACAAUUUACUUUUUUUAUCCACAUCUUUUUUCCUGAUCAAUGCUUUUAUGUCUGGUCAUUAUGUUAUCACUAUCCAAAAUAUAAUGUUUACUGUGUCAUUUUUGCUGUGAUUUUGCAUCACCAUAAGCUUGGCAGUAUUUAUUUUUCCAAUCAUGCAUGUUUAAUUGGGGUGGUUUUAGAAUAUGACCUUAGGGUCCGCUGUUUGUUUGUUUUCUUAUUUUUGUUUUUGUUUCUUAAAUUAUGUUGUGAACAUUACUGCUACAUGGUUUUUAAACAAAGCUGAGAAUUUACUGCAUAUCAUUGAGAUUUGAAUCAGAUUUUAUGAGAGCCCUUUGAAUAUUAAAUGCAUCACACUUUUGAAUAGUUUUUGGGCAGAAAUUGUAAUUCUUAGAGACACUUAAUCGGUCUGCUGAUUUAAUGGGGGGAGUUAGUACUACAUACUUUAAUAUGUGCUGCAUAUCAUCAAGACUGUUGUAUUGCUUAUAACUUUGAUCAAUUUCUGUCAAUAAGUAGGCUAAUAGCUACCUAAAUGGUCGAGCAUCUGUUACCAUUAUAAUUUGGCAGAUUAGUUGAAAUUGUCCUAUGUUACAUUCCAAAUGUAUUUAUUUUAAAUGUGAUUAAAGUUGCUUUGACCUCA